UUUGGAUGCUCCUGUCCCUUGCCUCUCCUAGGGGAUGCCGCAGUUCACCUUUGCUUGCUUCUGUGGUCUCCAUGGCUUCUGCAAGAUGAAGAGGAAACAUGAAGAGUCCAGUGCUGAGCAAGAAACCGCUGUUUGAGAGGAGAAGGCAUUUCUUUUCUGUAUGCA